AUGUUCGUCAACAAGCCCUGGCUGCGAUUCAUCGUCGAACCCGAAGGCGGAGAACCGUCCGGUGGAGCACCCGCACCGACCGACCCACCCGAAGGCGAAGAUCCGAAGCCCGAAGAUCAGCCCAAGGACGAUGACAAACCACUCGGCGAACCUGGCCUCAAAGCACUACAAGCUGAACGCGCCGCACGCGAGAAGGCAGAGCAGAAGAUCGCGGCCUACGAAGCGGAGAAGGAAAAAGCUCGAAUCGCGAAGCUCGACGGCAAGGAGAAAGCGGAGGCAGAGCGCGAUGCUCUCGCCAAGGAACGCGACGAAGCACGAGCAGAAGCAGCCGUCGAACGAGCCGCCCGCAAGCACUCCAUCACCGACGACAAGGACCUCAAACUGCUCGCCUCCGUGCCAGCAGAUCAGGUUGAAGCGUUCGCAGCCCGCCUCGCCAAACCCGCUACGGCAGAAUCCAAGGUCAACGCGACCGAGGACUACGACCCCGCCGUCAUCGACGAAUUCCGCAAGGAAUCCGCGGUACUCGACGCCCUCGUCUUCGACGACGCAGUAUCGCCCACCGGUGGCGGAACACUCGACUACGGCUACCGGCGCCUGCUGACGCAGCCCACCGCCUCGACCCGCGCCUACAACACCGAGUACACCCCGCAGAACGUCACCACCGAGAAGAAGAGCAUCACGCUCGCCGUCCUCGGUGGAUCGUUCGAGGUUGACCGUGUCCUCGCGAAGCUCGGUCCCGCCGCGUCCUCGAACAUCGCGCUGAACGUGUCGCAGAAGGUGAAGGCCGCUUCGACGAAGUUCUGCGACGAGAUCAUCAACGGUGACGUUGCCGUCGACUCCAACGGAUUCGACGGUCUCGACAAGGCGCUCACCGGCUCCUCGACUGAGUUCCGCGCAACCUCGGUCACCAACUGGACCGACUGGGACACCGAUUCGAAGGCUGUUCAUCAGGCCCUCGACGCCAUCGACGAGUGGCUGUCGCUGCUCGACGGCACCCCGACGUUGAUCCUCGGCAACAAGAAGGCCCUUGCCCGCGUUCGCGCUGCUGCUCGCCGAUCUGGUCUCUACACCAAGGACCCCAUCGAGGGACUGAUCGGUCAGAACGGCCGGCCGAUCAACCGUGAGUCGUACGGCGGCAUCCUGUUUGCCGAUGCAGGCGACCAGUCUGGCACGGCGAACCCGAUCGUCCCCGUCGAGACCCGCACUGUCGCCACGGUUUCGACCACGGGCCUGACGGACCUGUACGCCUACCGUGUUGGUCUCGACGGCUUCCACGGUGUGUCCACCGUCGGCGGUCAGAUCAUCCAGACGUGGCUGCCUGACUUCUCCACUGCCGGCGCAGUGAAGAAGGGUGAGGUCGAGAUGGGCCCUGUCGGCGUCGCUCUGAAGGCCACCAAGGCUGCAUCCGUCUUCCGCAACAUCAAGGGGUACAACGGCAAGGUCGCUGGCGUGAGCUUCGUUGACGGUGUGGGUGAGACGGAUGACGCGAAUGCGUUGGCGUACUUCACCCGUCACGGCUACGACGUGGAUGCUGUCGAAGCGGCAUACCCGGAUGGUGCACCGUCCGACGAGUGGAAGCUGCCUGAGCUGUUGGCUUGGGCUGCCGUCCACGAGGUGGAUCUCGGUGGUGCGAAGAAGAAGGCCGACGUUCUCGCAGUGAUCAAUGAUCCGGCCACCGAGAAGACCGCGGGUCCAGGCGAGUCUCUGCCCGUGAUUACUGCCGAUCCGGGAGAAUUCGUGUCCGAUCUACCCGCCACGUUCAAGCAGCAGGAAUUGAUGGACGCGCUCAACCUGCUCGGCAUCCCGUCAGCGGACACACGGCAGGUGACGAUCUACCCGAGUCGGAUCAUCGUGGAGCAAUUGCGCCGCGACGAGAACGGGUUGCCGAUCGCCGCAGGCAACGAACUCGCCACCAUCAAGACCGUCAUCGGGCUGGAGAAGGAG